UCGCAUAAUACAACCAAGGACUGGUCUUGAGAGUCUGGCGCAGGAGACUAUGGUGCACAUGUGGAUGUGUCGUGGACCAGAUCCUGUGGUGGGAGUAGGGCGUCCAUUUGAAGGGGAGAGUCACAGAGCGUACACAUACAACGUCUGGCAAAUGACAGUGCAAGGAGCCAACAGCAAUCUCCUAUUCCUUGUGAACAAAGAAUAUCAACAGUGUCGAUACCUUCAACCAUGUUUCUCUCUCGCAAGUGGAUCCUUCAUUGCUUAUAUGGUGAAUAUGAGUGGCGUUGUUGUGAUGAGCUUCGAACGGCUUCUGAGACUUCAAAGCGGCUUUAAGGGAUGUUUCUGCUGCUGCCUCAGGCAGGAAAUGAGGUUUGAAGCUCCUCUUGGAAGACGAAUUGCCUAUAUUACCGAAGAUUGGACCCAAUGUGGUACUUCUCUCACAAUGUAUGAUGCCUUGGGAAGACGUGUGUUCAAGAUCAUUGGUCCCACCUUCCCGCCGUAUUUCAUGGGCUCUGACACUCCAGUCAUGUUCCAGGUGAAAACAAAGGCAGGCAAUAUAAUGAGCGAGAUACGAGUCGCGACGACCAUCAGCGUCUCAUUUCCCGUUGACCUGGAUGUCUACAUCAAAGGAUGUCUAAUAGGCUGUGCAAUUUUGGUUGCGUUCAUGUUUAACAAGAGAGGAUGUGCCUUCAACUUCUGGCAGAGAAGAGGAUUCGACAGGGGUUUAGAAAAAUGAAAACUGCCAAUGACAACGGGUUCUCCCAGCCGAAGAGCCUAGUGAGUGCGACAUGAUGGUCAAUGUAGGAGCGCCCACUGCGUCAAGUGCACAAAGACUACAUAAAGGUGCCCCGUAAUGUUUCACAUUGGGAAUGUCACAAAAUACAAGCUCUGAUAUACCCCGG